AUGUUCCACGCCUCGCGAGACGUCUACCCGCGACGCACGUCCUAUCACAAAGACGUCGUCGAGUUCGUCCCGGCGUGGGUAAAGUUUAGGGCGGAACGAGAGGAGGCCAAGGCGGCGCGAAACGCGGAGCUGAAGUACGUCCCUUCCACGGCGCCGCCGGACUUGUCGCUCACGAUCGUGCUGGACAUCCCGGAGUCGUACGACCCGAGGUAUAAGUGUAACGUGCACGUGAAAACGGCGAGCGACGAGACGUUACGUAAAGAAUGCGAGCGCGGGCGGGUGCCGUUGGAGGCGGCGACUCAGUACAAAAAAUGUCUCUCGUUUUACGAAGACUACGCGCAAAAGACAAACUUCGAGAGGCUCGUGCAGAUGGCGAAAGAUAAGGCGAACCUGCCGAUCGCGGCGGAGCACGACGCGAUCGUGGACGCGGUCAGGAACCACGGCGUGACGCUCAUCGCGGGAGACACCGGGUGCGGGAAGUCGACGCAGGUGCCGCAGUACCUCCUCCGCGCCGGGUUUUCGAAACUCGCGAUGACGCAGCCGCGGCGUAUCUCCGCGAUCGCGCUCGCGCGGCGCGUCUCGCGCGAGACCCUGAACGAGCACGGCGCGGAGAUCGCGUAUAAGAUUCGGUUCGACAGCACGAGCGAAGGACGCGUCACGAAGGCGCUGUUUCUCACCGAGGGGGUGUUACUUCGUCAGCUCGCGUCGGACGGAGAUUUGCGAAAGUUCGACGUCGUCGUCGUCGACGAGGCGCACGAGCGACACUGCAACACGGACUUGCUGCUCGGUCUCCUCCGCGGCGUCCUCGAUCGACGCCCGCACGACUUCAGGAUCGUCAUCAUGUCCGCGACGAUGAACUUGGAGCUCUUCGCGUCGUAUUUCGGCGGGUGCCCGGUGAUCCGAGUCCCCGGGCGGUUACACCCGAUUCAGACGCACUGGAUCCCGUCGGCGCCCGCCGCGCUCGCGGGCCGGGGGCGCGACGCGAUCGAUGACGCGCCCGCGCUCGUCGGCGGCGAGAAGCCUCCUCGCGUUCAGCCGCGCGGGCGACAAGAUAGGAUCGACCCGCAGCCGUACCUGCUCCUGCUGCAGCGCAUCGACGCCAACUACCCGAGGAACGAACGCGGCGACCUCCUCGUGUUUCUGAGCGGCGUCGCGGAGAUCGCCGCGGUCGCGGAGCGACUCAAACCGUACGCCGCGGAGUCCAGGCGGUGGGUGAUACUUCCCCUGCACGGCGGCCUGAGCGCGAGCGAGCAGGACCUCGUCUUUGACGGCGCGCCGCACGGCGCGAGGAAGUGCGUGUUGGCCACGAACGUCGCCGAGACGUCCAUCACGAUCGACGGGAUUCGAUUCGUGUGCGACAGCGGGCGGCAUAAGGAGAUGACGCGCGAUAACGCCGGCGGCGGCGGCGUUUCCGCGCUCAGAGAAGGGUGGAUCUCCAAGGCGAGCGCGGAGCAGCGGAAGGGGCGCGCGGGGCGGACCGGCCCGGGGGUGUGCUUCCGGAUGUACGGCGAGAACGAGUUUCAAAAGUUUAAGGCGUCGACGCCGCCGGAGAUCCGCCGCGCGAGCUUGGAGAGCCUCACGCUGACGCUGAAGCAGAUCGCGGGCGACGCGUGCGACUCGCGGACGUUCCCGUGGAUUGAACCGCCGCCGAACGACGCGCUGGAGGCUGCGGUGUGGAAUCUCCGAGAGCACGGCGCGCUCAGGCGCGUUCUCCUUCCUCGCGCCGGUCCCCGCGCGACCGCUUUCGACGAGCGGUUGACGCCGCUGGGCGCGUUGCUCGCGACGUUGCCGGUGGACGUGUCGAGCGGGAAACUGCUCGUGUACGCCGCGUUGUUCGGACUCGCGGGGCCGUCGAGCACGAUCGCCGCGGCGCUGUCCGUGAAGUCGCCGUUCACGCAGAAAGGCGCGGGCGGCGGCGGCGGUCGAGAGGACGAUCAGAGGGCGGAGUUUCAGUCCCCGCACGGAGACCCGUUUACGCUGUUGAAAGCUUUCGCGUCGUGGUUGCGCGCGAGGGACGACGCGAGAGAACGCGACACGCGGCGGUGGUGCCGCCGCCGCGGGAUCGAGGAGCAGCGUUUGAUCGAGACCGCGAAGCUGCAGCGCCAGUUUCAGGACAUGAUCGACGCGUCCGGGAUGACGACGAAGACGGACGGGGGGAGCGACGGCGAGGAGGAGGAGGAGGACGAGCGUUGGAUGGGCGAAGGGCGCUGGCGCCGCGGCGGCGGCGGCGGUCGCGGCGGCGGCGGCGGUCGCGGCGGCGGCGGCGGCCGAAACGCCGGCCGCGGCGGCCGAGGCACCAAACCCGGCGGCGGCGUCUUGCGCUUACGACAGCGCAAGCUCCGCGAGAUGCAGCGCGCGCGCGAGCGCGAGCGAGGGACGCGCGUGCUCGAGAUGGACUUAACCGGCGGCGUCGUCGGCGGCGGCGGCGGCGACGACGACGGCUCCGACUCCGACGCCGCCGCCGACGCCGCCGUCGCGGACGCCGCGCGCUUCGAAGCGGAGCUCCAAGCCCUGGACCUCGAAGUCCACGUGGACCUGCGUUCCGCGCGAAGAGCCGCGAUGAACGGCACGCUCGCGUCGCACGAGCUGUCGCUCCUCAAGGCGAUUCUGACCAUCUCUUCGUACCCGCGCGUCGCCGCGCCGGACCGCUCCAACGUCGACAAAGCCUUCGACGCCGGCGCUGGCCCGGGCGUCCCGGACCGCACGCGGUACCAGGCCGACGCGAGGUUCCACACGCGCUCGACGCGCGAUUGCGUCUUGCACCCGACGUCGUCGCUGAACGACCCGAACCACGCGCCGGUGGGCACGGAGGUGCUGCUGUACGGCGAACUGUUAGGCGCGUCCCGGUCGCGCCGGUCGUUCGUUUCUCUCCGCACAACCCUCGACACGACGCGGUCGUUUUUGUGCGGCGUCACCCGCGCGCCCGCGCACGCGUUGCUCCUCGCGUCCGCGAACGUCGAGUGCGACGCUCUCGCCUCGCGGAUCCUCAUCGACCGGUGGCUGAUGCUGCGCGUGCACACCCCCGGCGGCGGCGAGAGCUUGCUCGUCGCCGCGUCGCGCCUGCGCCUCGCGCUGCAGUCGCUCUUACGUCGACGGCUCGUGCGGACGAAACACGGGUCGCGCGUCGGCGACGAAGCGUCGCCGCCGGCGGAGUUAUCGGACGUCUUGCGCGCCGCGCCCGUCCCCGAGGCGGCGAAGAUCAUCGGCGAGGAGACGAUCGCGGCGGCGCGCGCGGCGGGCGGCGGCGGCGGCGGGCCCGCGGUCGGUCACGAGGUGGUCGCCGGCGAGCUCGCGGAGGACCUCGCGAAGUUUAUCGAGUGGCCGGCGCGGUACGACGUGGAGAUCAUGAGCAAGAGCGCGCUGCUCAUGAACUUGCCGCCGGACCCGGACCCGGACCCGGUUGAAGAUGGAACGUCAACCGGCGCGAGCACCGCUCCCGCCGGGAUCGCCGUCGCGCCGUGGCUCAGGUGGGCGGCGCUGCGGGAGGCGGAGGACGAGCUCGCGUCGCACGCGGCGGCGCCACAUCUUCGGAAGCGGUGGACGUGCGACGUCUGCGGGAAGGUGAUGAUCGCGUUCUUCUCCGAGAUCGACGCGCACAGGGAGCGGUGCGGGCGUCCGACCGCGGAGGACGACGAGCGCGCGCUGCCGUCGAAGUUUGGGAAGGGAAGCAGGAAGCUGCCGUCGCUGCAGAGCGAGAUGGCGGGAGGCGCGAACCUGGGGUUGCCGAGAGAGGCGUUGGGUCUCGGUGCGGGCGACGCGGUGCGGGCGACGGAGGGAAAGAAAACGAAACCGCCAGACCGGGAAGAUGAAACGUCAACCGACGCGAACGCGAAGCCGUUCGAGUGUGAGCGGUGCGGCCUGCACGGGAUGUUUACGCCGACGGAGGCGCUCAAGCACAAGCGGACGUGCGGGAAAGACGCGCGGGCUUGAGGUGGUUUAGAUAGACUAAUUUGUCUUAGACGCCGCGAUUGUUAUAGAAAAAUCACCU